UGCAGCAGCGAGAACGGGCACGUCAAAGAGAAAGGAAAAAUGUGGACAGUAAGGACACAUUGAAGCCCGAGAAGUAACGUCGAGCUACGGAUAUCUUCUUCGUUUGUCUCGGUUGCCAGGCAUUUGUAAUUAUUUAAAGCUCCCAGGCGAACAUUUGACAGUUUAAGGGUCGUUUCGAGGUUAACUCGCCUCCCUUGUUCGGUGGUGGUUCGCUUGGAGGAAGCAGCUCGGCUAGCCAGCUGAACUAGCUAGCUUGCUAGAGAUGGGGACGAGAGCAAGUCGUCUACAGGAAGACCCGGUGCCCUCUGCUUUCGGAAAAGAUGGCACAAAGCGGGAUUCCUAUCGGCGAGCCCGCUGUACCAGGCCCACCAGUCUCAUGGUCGAUUUCUCCGGGAGCUUCGAGGACACGGAGGCCAACCGGAGCCGAUCGGAGGAGUGCAGCGACUCGGACCUGGGGCAGCACGGGGCGAGUGCCGACGGGAGCCCCGCUGACCACCACAGCAUCCCCUCCAGCAUUAGCCAAGCGUCACCUGCAGACGACAACAACAGCGAAGGGAAACCCGAGGAAGACGGGAAUAUUAGCCCGGAGCCUCCUGUCGUAGCGGAACAUCAGCACGGAGAGGAGACAGGCCGCACGCCCCACCGCACUUUUUCCGAGCGGCUGCCCGGGAAUCGGCACUCUUCCGCCCGCAGCGUCGGCGCAAGGUCCGCCCGAGUUCGAGGCACACACCAGCGGCCGGUGUCAGAGGCUUGGAUCGGCCUUUAUCGUGUUAACAACCGCCAUGGCAAUAUCCGCUGUCCUUUCUGCUCUAAGCCUUUCCCGGGGGGUCGGAUCGAGGAUCACCUGUUGAGCUGCCUCACAUCUCCUCCCCUACCUUACAAUACGGAUGUGCUCAGUAAAGACAGCGGAGAGUGCUCCAUCUGUUUGGAGGAUCUGGUACAGGGAGAGACCAUCGCUAGACUGGCUUGCCUCUGCGUCUACCAUAAGAGCUGCAUUGAUUCAUGGUCCAAGGUGAAACCCUGCUGCCCCGAACAUCCCUUCGAUUGACUCAUGGGUCACAUGUAUUCUGCACAGUGACCAACCUGACUCAGGAGACUACACUGAAUCCUAAUAAAAUCCCAAUAAAAUCUGUAAUUGAAAAAAAUAAAAGCCCACUUUCCCUCUCAAACCUAUAUUUGAGCGGAGAACAGAUGAUCCUAAGAGGAGGCUCCAGUUAGCGACACCUGACGCUCUCCGUUUGGAUCAGUCCAUUUAAACUUGGUGUGGGCCAUUUCACAGUAAAAACAGCCGCUCAGUCUAAUCUCUGGUCAAGACCCUUGUUGGAACAGAAGUGGUCUGGGCUUGAAUCUGCGAAACAAAAAGCAAAAAAAAAAGAAAAUAUGUCAAAUAAACGUUAUCAUCCCAGAACAAUGGAACUUGCCACAGAAAGAUCUUGAACUUGGGGAGUAACCUGAAAAAAGUUGUCUGAACGGUGACUCUGGAUCCUCUCCUCUGUAAUUUUUCUCACUCCAAAUGGGUCAUUUUUAUCAAGUAUUUUGCAGAAAGAGUAUUGUUCUAUGUCCUACAUCGGAUGAAUGUUUUCUUUCCUCGGCUAACCCCAAAUGAACCAACCUCACACUGAAAGCUUGAACUGUUUCCACAUAAACAAUGCUUUACUUUGAACUAGCUGGAGGUUGAGGGCUUGUUUUUGGGGAAUGGGGGGCUGCCGUUACUAGGUGUUUCUUUUUUCUAUUACCUAUAAACAUUUCAGGGGAAGUUUGGGGGCUAAUUGUUUUUCUGAGUAGGUCAGUGUUCUUGUAGGUGGUUAGUUAGCUCUGAGUUUAAUGUGCUGCUACUUGCUGAGUGUUUAGGAGGGUUGUAGGUAUUUCAUAGGGCCAUAGUAGCGCUGGUGUUUGCACCAAUUUGAGCACUUUUGUCCUUUUAAGGCUUACUUUUUUUCAGACAGGCCACUGUUUUUGCAGUGAGAGGCGUCUUUUUUUCAGUUGUUUUCAAUAGGCAGUCAGCGUUUUGCGCGCUGCUGUGGGCCUAUGCGUCACGUGUUUUUGUAGGAGCGCUCUGAACGCCUUGAAAACACGCAAUGUCAUUUCAUAUUGUCCAAUCGGAUCAGAUUUGUGAGUUUACUUCAGAGCAACGUCACGGUUAGGCUAAGGACAGGUGAUUUGGUGUUUGCCUAGUAACAACAACAACAAAAAAAACUCAGCAAGCUUUUUUUUUAAAUUGUAGGCUUCAACAAGAAAGGCAGUGCGGGCAACCUGCAUUCAGUUCUCUGCCUGAUCGGGCCUACGUUUUUGAGUUUGAGAUUAGGUUGUGUGGGCCCACUGUGUGUGUGUGUGUGUGUGUGUGUGUGUGUGUUUAAAUGAUGACCAGGGAUAGAAAAUGUCCGAAGCAUAAUGUGUGGCUUUGUGUGUGUGUUUACUGUAAUUGCCCAGAAGUCUGCUUGGUUAAGCGGGUUACCCUUUCCAUUUUUUAAAACUAUGGUAGGCAAUUUAUUUCAGAAGCAUUUUUCAAAAUAUCUGUUGAAAUUCUCUUUACAUCCCGACAGCAAUCAAUAAAUCUAAUGCUCUGACACAAAAAUGAAAAAAAAAGGUGCCUGUUGCAGGACUGUAAUAAGCACAGCCAACCUGCAUGCACUCUUGCUAGUAUCCCCAACUUUGCCUAUCCCAGCUUUGAAGGGGACUUAUUAUGCUUUCCCUUAUAUAAUUAUAUUUAUUAUUAUUAUAUAAUUAUAAAUAUUACAGUGACAGAUGUUCAUAUUAAACAAGGCCAAAGUUUCACAUAAUUAGGUAAACGCUUAUGAUCUCCUCCAGUCACAGAAUGCCCACAAAGCCCAUCCACUCACUCAGUCUAAGUUACUCGACCACUCUGCUCAAGAUUAAUCUCAAGGGUUUUGGUGGUUGUUUAGUACGUCUUGCAUUUUGGUUGUGAAGUAAAUGUAGUUUCUCGAUGGACAGGUGGCUUUACUCGUCGCUAAAGUAACUGCUAACUGUAGGUGCCAUUAGUUAGCCAUGGUCCUUUCUGCGGUCCAAAGCUCCUGUGCUCAAGCCAAGGCAGAGUCUGCUAAGCUGAUAGGGACGCUUGCUGCACGGCUAACUAGCUAACGACAGCUAGAGUUAGUGGUUACUUUAAAUCUGUCUGUCCAUCAGGAAAAUCCGUGAAUCACAGAGAGUUGAGCAGAGCAGCCGUAGUCAUCAGGAAGUUGGCCAGUCAGAAGAAAGUGGGCUUUUAGGGAGGGAGGCCGGAAAGUGACCGACACGAAAAUGGCAUGUUUCAGUCAGAGGAUAAACGGAGGGGCUGCUUAAACGGCCAGUAAGAUAAAAAUUUGAACUAUGAACCUUGCAAAGCUACUCGGCCGGAAUCCCAAAAUAAAAAUAUAGAGAUGCAAAGGAGCAUAAUAGGACCCCUUUAAUGCUAGUUUUUAAGUCCUGUUACAUGUGGCAUUGGUACGCAAGCGCAUGGCGGCUCAUGUGGUCGUGUUGUACUUUGAAUGCGGUUUGGGUUUUUGUUCCACUACCCCCCUCCUUCCUCCUCAUUCAUUCACUCUCUGGGGUGUGGCCUGGGUUUCUUGGACCACACCCCAAGCAACAGUUUUUGCCAUCUGUUUACUGCCAAAAUCGAGGAGGACGGAUGGAUUGAGGAAUGUAUUUUGGGGGCAUGUUGACACCAUGUGGCAUCUCCCUCUCUUUCCAGCACUGGAGGCUAUGGACAGCUGAUGGCUAAUUAUUACAUAACUAGGCCCCCCCCCCACCAUUCCUUUUUUAGGAGUUUAUAUAUUAUAUCAUCACAUUAUCAUGAUCAUGAUUAUUGCUUUCCUUUGCCUUAUGUGUGUGUUGAUUACCUUUGCCUGGUGAAGGGGCUCUUUUGCAAGCAGGUAUUUGUAGUGUAGUUGUGGUUUUAGGGCUGAGCUCAGAGGUGGAAGCCCAACAGUGAGGCUGCUCAACAGAUAAUGUCUGAUACAGGUUGUACACAGGCCAGGGGAAAAGUGGGGAACGACAAAAACAUGAAUUGAUUGCUUUUGCUGCCUUCUCAAACGGCGAGUCUGUUCAAUGUGUUUUAAUCUCUGCGCUAACAAGCGGUAUGGAUCAGUUUAGAGGUCAGCCUGGUGCACAGGUUUCCUAGUGGUUUGUUCACCCUAGCCACGUUUGUUGUUUUUUUUGUUUUGUUUUUUCUGGUCACUGGUAUUUUGCAGUCUGAGGUGCUAUGACUUGUCCCGCCACUAGAGGGCAGCCCUGUGCAUGUUUCUCUAUUUUUUUUUUGUAUUGGAGAAUAGAAAAAUAAUGCCAAAAGUCUGUCAUUGUGUGAGAGAGGUGCUUUUUAUAAUUAGAUGUUACAUUUGUUGUAGUGAUAAGUUAUGAUGUUGUAUACUUUGGCUGGGAAGGGUGUGUGUGUUUGGGGGGGUGGUGGUGGUGGUUGGGUUGUUGAUAAUAGACGAUCUAAAAACCCCACAUUACUCUCAUUUACUUUCUUACCCCCUCUAAUCUGUGUGGUGCAAUACCUCAGUUUUUACCAAUGCUAAAUGCUCUGUGUGUAAACUAGCUCCUCUCCAAUCAAGGAUGGUAUUUUCUAUAAAUGUCCCUAAAUCCUUGGUUUUGAAUCGCAGGGCACUGAUCCCCUGUUUGCCCUGUGCUUUGAGGUCGAUGUAUUAGAUGAGAAUGAAGAGUCACCACAGCAGUAUCUGCAUUCCCAAGAUAUGGACAAUCUGCCUUUACUCUCUGGUAUAAAAACAAAUUGAAUUUUAUUUAUUAAAUUGUAAAUAUGUAAUGAAAUUCAAGAAAAUGGCUUGGUCUUUGUCUGUUCAAUAUGCUGUUUCUAAGCUCCAAUCUUUUGUAUGUCUCAGAAAUUGUUUUUAUAUGUAUUUUUUACAAUAAAUAUGUGUGAGAGACGUUUU